AUGCAGACCUGGGCUUCUCCCGAGGAGGAGGGGCCUCUCCGGGGCCUGGUGGCUUCCCGAAUUGAGGCUUACGGGGGUCGACACCGCGCCUCGGGCCCGCGGCCUCCCAGAGGCGGAGGCUCGGAGCCGGACCUCAGUGGCCGCGGUCAGUACCAUGGCGCCUUCGCCAAGGCCCAGGCGAUGUUUCGAGAACCGGAGCCUGAGAGGAGGCACGGAGGCUACCUGAAGGCUGGCCCACCUCACAGCCCCAAGCUCAAGGAAAUCAUGAAGGCCCAGGAGCUGGAAGCGAAGCUGCACAUCUUCAGCAUGUUCGGGAUGCCCCGCCUGCCCCCCGAGGACCGGCGGCUCUGGGAGAUCGGAGAGGGUGGGGACAGCGGCCUGGCCAUCGAGAAGUCCUGGAGGGAGCUGGUGCCCGGACACGAGGAGAUGAGCCAGGAGCGCCGCCAUCAGCAGGAGGCGCUGUGGGAGCUGCUGACCACCGAGGUGAUCUACGUGAGGAGGCUCAAGAUCAUGACCGACCUCCUGGCUGCCGGUUUGUUGAAUUUGCAGCGAGUGGGAUUGUUGAUGGAGGUGUCAGCGGAGACCCUGUUUGGCAACGUCCCCAGUCUGAUUCGAGCCCACCGGAGCUUUUGGGAAGAGGUUCUAGAACCUUCUCUGGAGGAGACUCGCACUUCCGGCCAGCCCCUGGACCCCUUGAGCCUGCAAAAUGGCUUCCUGAUGUUCAGCCAGCGAUUCCACCCCUACAUCCGCUACUGCCUGCAGGUGAAACACGCCAUGGCUUACGCCCGCGCCCAGCAAGACACCAACCUGCUCUUCCACACCUUCGUGAAGUGGUGUGAGAAGCACAAACGCUCCGGGAGGCAGAUGCUGGAGGACCUGCUCAUCAAACCCCACCAGCGCAUCACCAAGUACCCGCUGCUGCUCCACGCCGUGCUCAAGAGGAGCCCCGAGCCCCGCGUGCGCGACGCCUUGACCGCCAUGAUCGGCGUGGUGGAGUCCUUCCUGCGCCACAUCAACAGGCAGGUGCGGCAAAGGGAGGAGCAGGAGGGCCUGGUGGCCGCCGCGCAGCGCAUCGGCCGCUACGAGGUGCUGGAGCCGGCCAGCGAGGAGGUGGAGAAGAACCUGCGUCCCUUCUCCACCCUGGACCUGAUGUCCCCGAUGCUGGGCGUCGGCCCCCAACACAUCAGAGAGCUGCUGCUGGAGGGGCCCGUGCGGAUCAAGGAGGGGCGGGAAGGGAAGCUGGACGUGUACCUCUUCCUCUUCUCGGACCUGCUCCUGGUCACCAAGCCACAGCGCAAGACCCACAAGGCCAAGGUCAUCCGCCCGCCGCUCGUGCUGGACAAGCUGGUGUGCCGGCCGCUGCGGGACCCCAACAGCCUCCUGCUCAUCCACCUCAGUGAUCUGCAGUGCGUGGCCAGCGCCCUGCUGGUCCAGUGCCCCAGCCCGGCCCACCGCUCGCGCUGGCUGGAGAAGACACAGAAGGCUCAGGACGCCCUGCAGAGGCUGAAGGCCGAGGAGUACGUGCAGCAGAAGCGGGAGCUCCUGGCGCUCUACCGGGACCAGGCGAGGCCGCGCCCGGCUUCCCCGGGCGGCUCCCGGGGCUCCCGGGGCAGCGCGGACGGCGGGACCCCGGAGCCGGAGGACGGGGACGCGGAGGAGGAGGAGGACGGGGACCCCGGCUACGGGACCCUGGGGAGGUGUAAGGAGCCCCGGACGCCGCCUGCACCCCACUUCCAGACGCUACCUCAGCCUCCCGGCCGGGCCGCCCCGUUCCUGGGGGUCGCACUCUGUACCAUAGACGCCCUGAACCCCGAUAAAGGUGUGCGUGCGGAGCGCGAGCUGGGGUCGUGA